UGUGUGUGUGUGAGAGAGAGAGUGUUUGUGUGUAUGUGUGUGAGAGAGAGAGAGAGUGUGUGUGUGUAUGUUUGUGUGUGUGUGUGUGUGUGUGUGUGUGUGAGAGAGAGAGAGAGAGAGAGAGAGAGCGAGCUCCAUCUGUAGCGCCAUCAGAGAGGCAGCAGUGUGCGCGCUCGGCACGCGUCGCAGCUCGCAGGGAAAAACCCGGCACGAGGAGCUCUUUGCCUCGGGAUACUCCAUUUCUGCCGUCACAUCUCGUUCUUUUCCACCCGGGACGCACGAGAUCAGCUUUACCAAACUAACCGGCGGUGAGCUGGGAGAGAGUCCGCCGUUAUACAAUCACCAACCGGUCUUACUUGACUGUCUCUCUCUCCGUCUCUGUCCUAAAGUCUCCGGCAUCUCUAAACGCCGACACGUUUAAAUACACGUUUUACUGCGCGAUUCUGCGGCUUUUUACGCUGGAAUGAACUCGAGCAGAAGCUCGGCUUUGCGUGUGGAUGGCUGAUUCUGCGGCUGUUGUUCUCCACUUACACGAGAAACAAUUCGCUGUGAUGCGCUACAGCUCUGUCACCGGGUCUUACAGCAACUGAGGCGCACCGGUUUGGGGCAGAAAGCUGACGGCCUGAGGAGGGGAAGAUGACAGCUUUAAUCCCGGCGCUGCUUCUUCUCGCCGGCGUCUCCGUGACGUUGACUCUGAAGGUGGUGUCAAAGAGAGGCUCAGUGGAUGGCUGUACAGACUGGUCCGUGGACUAUCUGAAGUACCGGGUGCUGCACGGAGAACCGGUGAGGAUCAAGUGCGCUCUGUUUUACGGCUACAUCCGGGCGAACUACUCGCAGGCGCAGAGCUCGGGUCUCAGUCUGAUGUGGUACCGCAGCUCGGGGCUCGGCCACGGAGACUUCGAGGAGCCCAUCUCGUUCAACGGCCUGCGCAUGAGCAAAGAGGAGGACGCCAUCUGGUUCAGACCUGCCGAACUGCAGGACGCUGGCCUCUACUCCUGCGUGCUGAGGAACUCGACGUUCUGCAUGAAGGUGUCCAUGACUCUGCUGGUGGCUGAUAAUGACACGGCGGCCUGUUAUAACUCCAAACUGCGCUACACGGAGAAGGCCGAGCUGGGCAAGAGCAAGGACAUUUCCUGCCCUGAUAUCCAGGACUUCAUCCAGCCUGGCCAGGAGCCACAGAUAACGUGGUACAAGGAGUGCAGCGAGUGGCAGUGGAGGCCGAGUAUACUGCAGUCCGGAGACACUCUCUCUAUCCAGGAGGUGACGGAGGAUGACAUUGGGAACUACACCUGUGAGCUGCCCUUCGCGGGCUUCCUCGUGCGCCGAACGACUCACCUGAGUGUGACAGCUCCUCUGACUGAAGAUCCUCCGAAGAUCCUAUUCCCUUCUGAAAGCAAACUCCUCACCAUAGACAUGCAAAUAGGAGCUUCGGUCAAUUUGACGUGCCGAGCAUUCUUCGGCUACAGCGGCGACGUCAGCCCACUCGUGUACUGGAUGAAGGGAGAGAAGUUCAUCGAGGACAUGGACCAGAGCCGCGUCCGAGAGAGUGAUAUCAGGACCAUAAGAGAGCACCUAGGAGAACAGGAAAUGUCCAUCACGUUGACUAUAGAUUCAUUAGAAGAGGGAGAUCUGGGCAAUUACUCUUGUUACGCUGAGAACGGGAACGGAAGACGACAAGCCAGCAUCCAGAUCAGCAAACGCGUUGAGCUGAUGUAUACGAUGGAGCUGGCUGGAGGAUUAGGAGCCAUUUUGCUGCUGCUUGUUCUGCUCCUCUCUGUGUAUAAAUGCUACAGGAUCGAGCUGCUGCUCUGCUACAGACAUCACUUCGGAGGAGAGGACUCGGAUGGAGGUCAUAAGGAGUAUGAUGCGUACCUGUCCUACAGUAAAGUGGAGAUGGAUCAGUGGGGGCAGGAGCUUCAGGACGAGGAACGUUUUGCUCUAGAGAUCCUUCCGGAUGUUCUGGAGAAACACUAUGGCUACAAACUCUUCAUCCCAGACAGGGAUCUCAUCCCCACCAGCAGUCUCAGCAGUGAACAUUACCAGGAUGAGACACAGCUUGUUAGAGCAUACAUUGAGGAUGUGGCUCGUUGCGUGGAGAUGAGCAAGCGUCUGAUCAUUGUGUUGACCCCUGGCUACGUGCUACGUCGUGGCUGGAGCAUAUUCGAGAUGGAGUCACGCCUUCGCAGCUCUCUGGUGUCAGGCGAGAUCAAGGUGAUUCUGAUCGAAUGCGCCGAGCUGCGUGGCGUCAUCAACUACCAAGAGGUAGAGGAGCUAAAGCAGUCUAUCAAGUCUCUGACCGUGGUGCGCUGGAGUGGCCCACGAAGCAACAAGCCUGCCUCACGCUUCUGGAAGCAGCUGCGCUACGCUAUGCCGUGCCGCCGGCCACAGCCCAGUCUCAGGACCCCCGCAGUAGACGCAGGAGAGCCGAACCCCUUCGCUCACCUCCACACCGUGUCAGCAAUCUCAGUGGCCACAGCAGCGUCGACAGCAGCAGCCCCGGCACGUCCAGAGCUUCGGGCCGCUCUGCGCAGCUCGUACCGAGCGCACUCACUGGCGAGGCAGAAACACGCGCACUUCCGCAGCUACGAUUACGAGCUGCCGCUGGCAGCGGGAGCCACUCUGCCAGCACAACCCACCUACUGCAACCUGCCGCUUACGCUGCUUAACGGCCAGUGGCCCACCGCCAAGCGCCAGCACAGCCUGGACGAGCCGCACGCCAACAACAAUGCCAUGCUACCGUUGCUGCCCCGUGAAACCAGCAUCUCCAGUGUCAUCUGGUGAUGGAGAGGCAGCAAGGAUUAUAUGACUCCUGUAGAUGGGCUAGGCUGGGACAAAACCUCUUUUGCUCAUAGGGAUGUAGGGAAGUCUGG